UCCGGCCCACCGAGACCCGCUCUCCGCUCUGGACGGAGGAUCCCAGCUGGGUCCGGGGCUCGCCCUCCGCGCCUCCGCCCGCUGUUGCAUCAUCUGCACCGAAUCGCGGCGAGACGGGUUCCCAGGACCCCCGACCUACCCGCGCCCACGCCUGCGGUCUUGGCCGCCCAGAAGCUGGGGGUUUGGGCGUGCACGUGGCCCCAGGCUCCCACCCCGGCCCCCGCGCCGGCGGAGCGGACCCCACUGGCGGCGAGUCCCGGAGCGUGGAGCGGGGACGCGGGCUGGGAAUCUGGGGGAGACGCACGCUUCGUGCCCAGCAUUGAGUUUUCGCUGCAUUGUGGAUGGGAAAUGACUGUUUGCAAAUCGCCCUUUUCGGCGGACUGUGUGGGGUGGCGGUAAACGCUGUCGUUGCGCGGGCGGCACGCGAGUGUCGCUUCCGGAGGCGGAGUGGCCAGCGGUUUCCGGGUGUCGGUACGGUCUGGAUCUCCCCCGGGGAAGCUUAGAGGAGUUUCCCGCUCUCCGUGCGCCUGGCCCUCCCCAGGCCCCUCCGGGAGUGCUGGCGCGCGCGUGCAGGGGUGUCCCGGGAGCGUCGUGACCCCAAGGGGGUCUUGCGGUUUAAGGAGCGGCCAGAGGCGGCCGGGCGACGCCAAGUGACCCCCCUCCCCGGGACGCACGUGCGACCGGCCGCCCGACGCUGUCGCCUUGCGGAGCCCGCGGGUUCGGGUUCGAGUUCGGGUCCGGGUCUCCUGGAGAGCUUUCCGCUGAGCGCCUCGGGUUCUUCAGAGCCCCGGCGGCGUGCGAUCUGCGUUCCCGGCAGCCCUUACCUUGCGGGAGAGUGCUCCAGGGCCUCGCCAAGAGCAACGCGCUGGGCCGCCUGCGUCUGCCAGGGCCUCGGGUCCAAGGCUUUCUGGAGGAUUCCGCGGCGGAGCGUGCGCGCCCCAGGCCAGACAGGGCCUGUGCCAGACGGAGAGUCCCUUCCCGCAGACAAGUCCGUGGUCCCAUGACCUUGAAAGCACCACCCUCCAGGGUUGUUUGAAGCCGCUUUGGGCCUGGUGAAUUGCAAACGUGAAGGGGAGGCCGGGAAGUCCAGGAGGCCAAGCUGAGGCCUGGGAUCCCACGACACAGUUUGCUGUCACGUCUCCUUACAGAGUCUGAACAGCACCGAACUGUCAGCACCAUCUGUCCGGUCCCAGCAUGCCUUCUGAGACCCCCCAGGCAGAAGUGGGGCCCACAGGCUGCCCCCACAGCUCAGGGCCACAUUCGGCGCAGGGGAGCCUGGAGAAGGGGCUCCCAGGGGAUAAGGAAGCCAAGGAGCCCCUGUGGAUCCGGCCUGAUGCCCCCAGCAGGUGCACCUGGCAGCUGGGCCGGCCUGCCUCUGAGUCCCCACAUCACCACACUGUCCCGACAAAAUCUCCAAAAAUCUUGCCAGAUAUUCUGAAGAAAAUUGGGGACACCCCUAUGGUCAGAAUCAACAAGAUUGGGAAGAAGUUCGGCCUCAAGUGUGAGCUCCUGGCCAAGUGUGAAUUCUUCAACGCGGGCGGGAGCGUGAAGGACCGCAUCAGCCUGCGGAUGAUUGAGGAUGCCGAGCGCGCCGGGACGCUGAAGCCCGGGGACACGAUUAUCGAGCCGACAUCUGGGAACACCGGGAUCGGGCUGGCCCUGACUGCGGCUGUGAGGGGCUAUCGCUGCAUCAUCGUGAUGCCGGAGAAGAUGAGCACGGAGAAGGUGGAUGUGCUGCGGGCCCUGGGGGCUGAGAUUGUGAGGACGCCCACCAAUGCCAGGUUCGACUCCCCAGAGUCACACGUGGGCGUGGCCUGGCGGCUGAAGAAUGAAAUCCCCAAUUCUCAUAUCCUAGACCAGUACCGCAAUGCCAGCAACCCCCUGGCUCACUACGACACCACCGCUGAUGAGAUACUGCAGCAGUGUGAUGGGAAGCUGGACAUGCUGGUGGCUUCAGUGGGCACGGGUGGCACCAUCACGGGCAUUGCCAGGAAGCUGAAGGAGAAGUGUCCUGGAUGCAGGAUCAUUGGGGUGGAUCCCGAAGGGUCCAUCCUCGCGGAGCCAGAGGAGCUGAACCAGACAGAGCAGACAACCUACGAGGUGGAAGGGAUCGGCUAUGACUUCAUCCCCACGGUGCUGGACAGGACGGUGGUGGACAAAUGGUUCAAGAGUAACGACGAGGAGGCGUUCACCUUUGCCCGCAUGCUCAUCGCGCAAGAGGGGCUGCUGUGUGGUGGCAGUGCUGGCAGCACGAUGGCGGUGGCGGUGAAGGCCGCGCAGGAGCUGCAGGAGGGCCAGCGCUGCGUGGUCAUUCUGCCCGACUCGGUGCGGAACUACAUGACCAAGUUCCUGAGCGACAGGUGGAUGCUGCAGAAGGGCUUUCUGAAGGAGGAGGACCUCGUGGAGAAGAAGCCCUGGUGGUGGCACCUCCGUGUUCAGGAGCUGAGCCUGUCGGCCCCACUGACCGUGCUGCCGACUGUCUCCUGUGAGCACACCAUCGAGAUCCUCCGGGAGAAGGGCUUCGACCAGGCGCCCGUGGUGGACGAGGCGGGGGUGAUCCUGGGAAUGGUGACGCUUGGGAACAUGCUGUCGUCCCUGCUUGCUGGGAAGGUGCAGCCAUCAGACCAAGUCGGCAAAGUCAUCUACACACAGUUCAAACAGAUCCGGCUGACGGACACGCUGGGCAGGCUCUCGCACAUCCUGGAGAUGGACCACUUCGCCCUGGUGGUGCACGAGCAGAUCCAAUACCACAGCACCGGGAAGUCCAGUCAGCGGCAGAUGGUGUUCGGGGUGGUCACCGCCAUUGACUUGCUGAACUUCGUGGCCGCCCAGGAGCGGGACCAGAAGUGAAGUCGGGAGCACUGGGCCCUGCGGAGCGGCCCCGCCACCCCGGCCCGCUUCUCCUGCGCUUUCCUGAGCCCUAAACACACACGUGAUUGGUAACUGCCUCGCCUGGCACCCGUUAUCCUCGCAGACGACAAGGAGCAUCCGUCUCCCCUCAUUAACACAUGGCUUCCUAAAUGGCCCUAUUUAUGGCCUGUGAGAUGAAAUGCGCUUUUCUCUAAUGUAACUUCCUCUUAGGAUGUUGCACCAAGGAAAUACUGAGAGAGAAGUCGGCCAGGUAGGAAGAACACGAGGAAUGACUGGGCAGAGUGGAUUAAAGGCAAAAGAGAGAAGAGUCCAGGACGGGGACAGGGAAGGGGGCAGGGAGAAGCCCGGGUGGCUCGGCAUCCUCCACGGGCAGCGCCGUCAGCUCGGGGCUGAGCUGGUGGGAGCAGUCUGAGUGUUUGGGUUUUUUAAUUGAGGUGAAAUUCAACUUACCUAAAAAUCAAUCACCUUAAAGUGAAUGAUCAGCGGCAUUUAGUACGUCCAGAAAGUUGUGUAGGCACCACCUCUGUCACGUUCCGGAACAUUCUCUCAUCAUCGCAGGAAGCAAUCAUUUCCCCUCCCAUCUUCCUCCUCCGCUGGCAACUGCUAAUCGCCUUUCUGUCUCUGUUGUCUAAAAUAGGUUUUCCCUGUUCUGGACGUUUCAUAUAAAUGGAAUCACACAA